AUGUUUUCGCAAUACAUGAGUCAAGAAGACGCCCAAGUGGAGACCAAAGCCAGCCAACGACGAUGGCGAUUCAACGACCCUCUCCUCGCCGGACGAAACCCUGAUAAGAGCCUUGGUCGAAUUGUCAUACGGAUCUGGAUCAUUUGCUUUGCGAUUUGGGGACUGAUCGAUGUUUUCGUUCACCAACUGCCGCCAGCGUUGACCAAGAUUUUCGAUAGUAAACCAGCAGAUGACUGCUGGUGUGGUGAAACAGAUCAGCAGGCAGUGGCCAUGGGUUGCCAGUAUGAUCAUCUCGCCGUGGACUGGCUGCCGCCAUCUUGCAUAGACCAAGCCCUUGUAGAUGAAUUCGAUAUGUCCGGCCCAGGAGUCGAUGGAGCUUGGAUAUACUACGAUCCAAGGGUAUCAGAAGAUGGGAUGAGCACUCUAUUUGUUUCCAUCAGCACCAACGAGACAGAUGAAUUCGCAUUGAGAGGAAAGCAGUACUUUGCUACGAGAGGAUGGCAUAUCUUGCACUGCAUGUUCACAUGGAGGAAACAGUUCCGAGCCUGGCAUUCCCACAAGCCCAUCGAGCCCUGGAAUGACGAUGAAGAGCACAUCAAGCAUUGCAGCGAGUACAUUAUGAGAACGCUCGAGUGGCACCUUAGCUUGGAUGUUAUCGACACUCAAAUCCUCGGAGGUGACCGUCACCGAGAGAGGCAAGAGAAAGGGAAUCGUGAUGCCGCAACUGAGACCCAGAGCGUCGAAGAAGUGCCAGACUAUGGCGGAGAUGCGAAGAAAGGAAGGCCAGAGAACAACGUACCACCAUCCGUCCAGGUCAAUCCGCUGUUCCGGAUCAUGAGAACAGGAGCUCAAGUCCUGCUCGAAGACAUGAAAAGCAGCGAUAAUGGCGAACCUCAGCAGCCGAAUGCUUCACGUCCUCCGCCAUUUCCAUAUCGUGGAAUCGCUGCUUGA